UUCGGUUCCCAGCUAAGCUCUUUCAGGGCAGCUAUUGUGGGAGCAUGGCAAGUGUUUGCUGCAGGCAGAAAUCCCUCAUACAAGUUUCUAUUUCCACCUACCUAAUGCCUGUUUUAUUUACACUCUGCACUUCUGUGGAGGAUCUUUGAGAAAGUCUCGAACCCUGUUUUGAAGUCCAGCUCCAGUCAGACACCCAAGAGAAGGCCUAGAAGAAUAUUGUCUCCGCGGGUCGAGAGAGAGAGACCAACACCAACUGAGGUACUAACAGCAGGCUGCCUUUAGCCUAAGAAAGAAAAUGGCUGCAGAGCAAAGGAUUGUGGGAGAGCCAGUGCUGCUGUUCCAAGUAGGAGUCCAAUCUAAAGGGCAAAUAGAAGAUCAAGGCUUGGUAAGUCCCAAACCAGAAGAAGAAGCUGAGGGAACGAAAGAACCUCCUGGCAGCAUCCAGAUUGGGAACAUGGAGGAAUUUCCAGAAAAGUUGGUACCCCCUCAAAUCAAAGUGGAAGCUGAUGAGGGGUUGGCACAACCCUGGGAAACCCGGUGGCAGGAUUUACCAAAGGAACUGCAAUCCUUUCAUGCAGGAUGGGGGAACCCACAGAUCACAGAGCCCUCCCCAUGGGAAGAAGUGGGACCCUGCUCUCCGCCUUUUGAACAAACCACUAUCUCCACCCAGCAGCCUAGAGGAGAACAGCUGGCCCAGCACCUGCCUGGCCCAGAGAUGGACAGCGGACUCUUGGCCAAAGAUGAGAUGGAUGGUGGGAAAGUUGAGGAAGAGACCGUCAGUGUAGAAAUAAGCAGACAGCGCUUCCGGCAGUUUUGCUACAUAGAGGCUGAGGGCCCCCGGGAGGCGUGCAGCCGCCUCUGGUUCCUGUGCUAUCAGUGGCUGAAGCCUGAGAGACGAACCAAGGAGCAGAUCCUGGAGUUGCUGAUCCUGGAGCAGUUCUUGACUGUCCUGCCCCCACAGAUCCAGAAAUGGGUGAAGGAAGGCGACCCGGAGAGCUGUGCUCAGGCGGUGGCCUUGGCUGAGGACUUCUUGCGGAGGCAGGAAGAGCCUCUGAGACUGGACUGUGAUCUCUCUGAGCCCCUCAGGGAAGGAGAGAGGAGCUAUGAGUCCUUGUUACCCUUACAACAUAUGGAGAAAGUGGUCUCUGGGCUGUUGGCAGAGGUGGGCCUGUAUUCCUCCAAACUGAAGACCACUCCACUUAGCAACUCCAAAAAGGAGACGCAAGAGGGCAACGUGGCUCAUGUUUUAUGUGAUGGUGAGGUGCCAGCAAGAAAAAAUGCAGCCGUUUCUCAGCUGGAUAGCCAUAAGAAAAAGGAGCCCCUGGAAGAUGGCAGGGGAGACUUUGCCCUGAGUUCCAGCAUUGCCACCUGUGAAAAAACUGCCCCCGGACUGAAACCUCACAAGUGCUUAGAGUGCGGGAAACGGUUCCACCAGAUUUCACACCUCAACAGGCACUUGAGAAUACACACGGGGGAGAAGCCAUACAAAUGCCUGGAUUGUGGGAAGAGUUUCACCCAAGGCUCCUGCCUGCUGGGGCACCAGAGGAUCCACACGGGGGAGAAAGCCUACUCGUGUUCAUACUGCAACAAGAGCUUCAUUUGGAGCUCCGGCCUGCAUCAGCACGAAAAGAUCCACCUGGGCGAGAAGCCCUACAAGUGCUUGGAGUGUGGGAAAAGCUUCCACCGCAGCUCUGCCCUGACCGACCAUGUGAGGUCCCACACUGGUGAAAAGCCAUAUACUUGCUCCGACUGCGGGAAAGGGUUCAGCCAGCAUUCAAACCUCAUUGUGCACAGACGAGUCCACACAGGGGAGAAACCCUACACAUGCUCGAUCUGUGGGAAAAGCUUCACCCGCACAGCACUGCUGAUGGCACACCUGCGAAUCCACACGGGAGAGAAACCUUACAAGUGUUUGGUCUGUGAGAGGAGCUUUCGGGAGAGACCAGCACUUACAAAACACAAGAAAAUCCACAUGCGAGAGAAUCUGUAUCUCUCCGCGCUGCUCCUUGGAUUGAUUGGGGCACGCGGAGGCAACCGGAGAGAGGCGAUUAAGAGAGAAAAUCAGCAGCAGCGGAUCGAAUGUAAGAACAGCGACUAUAACGGAGAGAUAGCCAUUGGCAGAAAAAUGAGUGACAAUGAGAAAGUCAUUGAUCUAAAAAGCCCAGAGCCCACGGACCCAUGUGAACCGUUGCUGGAAACCACAGAAGACCUUUCUGAGUUCCACGAAGUGGAAGAAAUCUAUGAGAUUCAGCACAGACCAGAGGGUCCACCAGACCUCAUCCCCGGCUUAGAAGAUGGUAAUCCUGUAGAAGAGACGUCCUAUAUAUGUUCCGAGUGUGGCAAAAGCUUUUGUAGCAUAUCCAGCCUCAUCAGCCACGAAAAGAGAAACCACGUGGGGGAGAAGCCAUACAAAUGCGCUGACUGCGGAAGGAGCUUCCACCAGAGCUCCGACCUCGUCAAACAUGAGAGGAUCCACACAGGGGAGAAGCCGUAUAAGUGUUCCGUUUGCGAAAAGCGGUUCAACCAACGGUCCUAUCUCAUUGUCCAUGAAAGGUUUCACACUGAAGAGAAGCCGUAUAAAUGCUAUCUCUGUGGGAAAAGCUUCUGUUCCAAUGCACACCUCAUGACCCACCAAAGAACACACACUGGAGAGAGACCCUAUCAGUGCCCUGACUGUGGCAAAAGGUUCAUUACCAGUUCGAACUUUGUGAAUCACAAAAAAACCCACACAGAGGACAAACCAUAUAACUGUUCGCUCUGCGAGAAGAGUUUCAAGCGGAGCUCAAACCUGAUUCAGCACGAGAGGACCCACACAGGCGAGAAGCCCUACAUGUGCCUGACCUGUGGAGAAAACUUUGCCUCCAAAUCGGGCCUCGUGAAACAUCAGAGAAGCCACACGGGGGAGAGACCCUAUAAAUGCUCCUACUGCGGCAAAAGCUUUAGCCAGAGCAUGAUCCUGACUCAGCAUGAGAGGACCCACACGGGAGAGAAGCCAUGCAAGUGCCCAGUGUGUGGGAAAAGCUUCCGUUCCAGUUCAGACCUUGUGAAACACAAGCGGAUUCACACGGGAGAGAAACCUUACAAGUGUUCCCUGUGUGGGAAAAGCUUCACGACCAGCUCAGAUGUGGUGAAGCAUGAAAGAACCCACACAGGCGAGAAGCCGUACAAGUGUGGGAUCUGUGGGAAAAGCUUCAGCCAGAGCGCGCAUCUCAUGCAACACCAGAGGAUCCAUACGGGGGAGAAACCAUAUACGUGCCUCACCUGUGGGAGAAGCUUUACCUGCAGUGCACACCUGGUGGUCCACAAAAGAACUCACAAAGAGGGGAAUACCUUGCAAACAUAAAAUGUUGCCGUUGCAGUGGAUGGCCAGGAGGAAGAACAGUUCAGCCAGGUCUGAUAUAGUUAAGUGUCAAAGAUUCUGUUCCAGGAGAAAUCCUAGGAAUGCUCUAAGCAGCAAUGUUCAUGUCGAACCAGACACCCUUUAAUUUUUCCCCCUGAAAUUUUUUAGAAGCUGUAGAAGAAAGAAAAUCUAAAACUUAGUUGCUUGUCGUAUUGUGUUAUGCAUGGGGAAAAAAGAGAGAAGCUGCCCAGACAGGAGAGAAGCCAUAGAACUGUUCAGAGGAGGAGAAAAGUCAGAGGAAUGUUCCUAUCUCUCAUCAAGUCAUGGUGCAUAAAACCCAAAGCAAGUUUUUUUAAAAAAAUGAUUAUAAUGAUAUUGUCUAACUGAAGCUUAAUUGUGAAAAGGUAAUCUAAGGCAACAGGAUUUGGGGUGUUUGUGCAGAGAGGCAGCUUACAGAGGGAUUUCAGGGAGCAUCAAAAGACACGGCUACAAAAUAAACAUCUGUCUAAAAGCAAAGAGGGGCAGUCAUGCAUUAACUCUACAUAGUCUGUUUCUAAUUAACCGAUGGGCUGUUUUGUGUUGUUGGGACAGCCCCCAGCAAAUGUUAAUUUUGCAAGUCCUGGGCCCGUGCUACUUAGUUGUUGUUGUUUUAAAAAAAUAAUAAUAAAAUAGGGCUACAAAGAAUUUUCACCCAUGCAAAAUGGCUGGGAACAGAGGAGACAGGAAGGAGAAGAUUUUUUUUUCCAAAUCUCCUCCCUCCCCUCUUUCUUGCAGGCAUACAACUGUCUCUGAAAGCUGGCAUCCUCAGAUGGACCUUCUUUGCAGUGUGAAGAUAACCGUGUCAUUGCCCUGUUUCCUGUCUGGCUGUUCACCCCCUGAAUUGGCUUUCUUUAAACCUUGAUUUGUUUGAAUGGCAUUCACACUUCGCCAACAUCCUUAGAAUGAAUUUUUUAACAUGCUCAAGAGACAGCAUGACGUGAUUCCUCUUGGUACUCAAAACAGCUGUAUUCCAGAAAGAUAUACAGUGGUUAAUAUAUGUAUUUAGGUCAUAUCUGUCCUGCCCUUCCUCUAAGGAGUACAGGGUACAUGAUCUGGUUGCCAGCUGUAAUAUAUGCGAGACAGAAGAAAUGCUUAAUACACCGUCCGGUCCACUUAUGGACCAUUUUGACUUAGUUAUAGCAUCUGUGAAGGCCGCUACUUGCGUACAGGAUCUUUUUCCACCUUGGCUGCUAAAAUCAUGUAAAGACCACAUCAAUGAACCUUUGAUGUCUAUCAUAAAUCAGUCGUUAAUUCAGGGCACCUUCCCCCCGCCAGUCAAAGAGGUGGUUAUCCGCCCAUUGCUUAAAAAAAAAAAUCCCGUGACAAAAAUUGUGUCGCUCAGUCUCUAAUCUGCCCUUCCUAGGGAGAAAGCAGGAGCAGACCAACCCCAGGCCUUGGAUAACUCUGGUGUUCCGGCCCCUACUGAGUCUGGUUUCAGGCCAGGCUAUGGGAUGGAGACGGCUCUGGUGGCUUUAGCUGAUGAUCUAUGUCUGAAUAUAGAAAAAGGCCAUGCUUCCUUGCUGCUGCUCCUAGAUCUAUUUGAUAUAGCAGAUAAUGCCUUCCUGUUGAGGCAUUUGGAGGCAGAAGUAGGUAUCAGAGAUUGUGCCUGGAUUGCUUUAAAUCAUUCCUUAUGGAACAGACUUAAAUGGUUGCUGUUAGAGACCAGCUAUCUUCAGGGUGGGAAUUAUCUUGCGAGGUUCCACAGAGCUCAAUCUUGUCCCCCAUGUUAUUCAACCUCUAUGUAGAACCUUUAGGUGAAAUCAUUCAUAGCUCGGGAAUUGGAUGUUAUCAACCUGCAGGUGUCACCCAGCUCUAUAUCUUGCUAUCCAAACCCCCUCGUGAUUCAGGAGAGGUACUGAGACACUGCCUGAUCGCUGUGGACAAAUGACUGAAAAUGAACAGAUUGCAACUGAACUCAGAGAAGGCUAAAGUUAUGCUGGUUGGAAAGGUGGAGUGCUUUCAGUGGUGUUCACUUGACCCUCAUAGACUCAGUUAAGAGCAUAGAGGUUAUACUGGAUCUGGCAUUGCUGCUAGAGAAAAAGUAAAUGCAGCUGCAAAAAAAAACACUUUCCUCUAACUCAGUCUAGCCUGGAGGGAGCCCUCCUCCCUUGAUACAGCCAACCUGGCCACAUAGAUUUAGGCCAUGGUAAGAUUGAGACUGGACUACCGUAAGGAACUCUACAUAGGUCUCCUCUCAAAAUCAACUCAGAGACUCCAGUUGGCGCAGAACGCCGCAGCUCAAUUAUUAGCAUGCAUAUUAUUUCCAUUCUGCCGUCACUCCAUUGGCUACCGAUCAGCUACUAGUUCCAUUCAAGGUUUCGUCUAUCGCAUACAAAGCCCUUCAUGGCCUCGAACCCUCCUAUCUACAGGACCGCCUCUCUCCCUAUGCACCACCACAGCAGCUUCGCUCAUCUGAACGGGGCCUUCUGCAGGUUCCACCCUGCAAAGGGGCAAAAUCAACAAGUAGCCGUACACACGCAUUCUCUGUGGUGGCCCCCACCUUAUGGGACGGCCUGCCUGAAGAGGUCAGGGAGGCUCCCGUUCUCCUGACUUUCUACAAACUAUGCAAAACUAAGUUGUUUAGAGAGCUUUUUAAUACAGAUAAUGGGGUUUUGCUGUAAUGAGAUGGUUCAGAGGGAUGCUUUGGUAAAGGGAUAGGGACUGUUGAUUAUACUACUGUGUACUGUGUGUUGCUGCAAGUAUCGUCCUACUGCGUAGUUUCUGCAUUGUUUGAUAUGUCAUGUUAAAUUGCUUAUAUUUUGUUUCAGCCCUGUAUCAGAUUUCUGCUUGUUUUCGAAUUUCUGCAAUCCAUACCUUAUUAUAUUGUUUCUUGAACAUCCCAGCCAUUGAUCGUCUCGAUUUACACUGUGUAUUCCACCUUGAGUCUCAGUGAGAAAGGUGGACUAUUAAUAAUGUAAGUACAUAAAUAAAUGGUAGAGCCAUAGGCGUCACAGAAUGCAAAUAUUUUCAUGGCUGAUUUGGAACAAGGCUUCCUCAGCUCCUCCCGUUCACACAUAUCUUGUACUUGUGAUUCAUUGAUGACAUUUUGAUCAUCUAGACCUCUGGGAAAGAAGUUCUUGAGAAGUGGAAACUGAGUUGUUCAGGAGGGCUUUUUUGCACA